AUGUUACAGCCGGAUUUUGUCCAACUCCAGUCUGAAGGACGUGAUUUAGUUAAAAGCUGCGAUGAGAAGUGUCCGCCUGAAGGAGAGGAGGGAAACCCGUUUAACUUCACCCCACAGCUCAUCCGCGUGCACAAGGACCACGAGCUGUUUGAGGUAACCUUAGUAACAACACGCCAAACGUUCUGACCGUUACCUGCAGAUAACAGACCGGUCCGAUACUGACCGAUACUUAUUCUGCAUACGUUCUAAUAUCGGUUAUCUUCACAUACAUGACCUUAACUUGACUGAAUGACUGUUGUUACAGGAUGGAGACAUUCAGAGACACCUGUACCUGCAAGACCUCUACAUAUCAGAGACGGAGGACAAGCCAGCACUCAGGUGGGUCAUCAAAAAAGACCUGUCAGUGCUGAUGCACAGGAGUAGAGAGGUAACUUCAGUCUUUAUUAGAAAACCAAACAAAAUUAAUGUGUAGAUAAUGUCACUUUUACUAUAACAUGUCUUGACUUUUGAACUUUGGAUACUUGGUAUUUUUACUCUGUCAGGUCAAACUGUUUUGAAGAAGAAACUCAAGACUCACCUUUUUAACUAGGAUUUUCAUCAACUGCCUUUUUAUAUUUCUCUUAUGUUCAUUUUCAUCGAAGUUCUUUUAUUUUACGUCAUUUUUAUCUCUGUUCUUAGUUUUUUUUUCUUAAUUUCCUUCUUAGAGGUUUUUACUCCUUUUACCCCUUUUACAUGGUAAAGAGCUCUUACUUAUCUGUUCAUUUAACAUUAUUUUCUUCUUUUAGUCCAUCAGGUUUUAGUCUUUCUUUUUACCAUUUUAUUCUUUCUUUUUUAUUUUUAUCUUCAGUGUUUCCCAAUGGUAGCUUUUUCCUCACGUAAUGUCUCGGUGUCAGGACUUUCCUCUUUAACAAUAUAUCUUAAAUUCUCACACUGCGUGCGCUUGUGUGUGUGUGUGUGUGUGUGUGUGUGUGUGUGUGUGUGUGUGUGUGUGUGUGUGUGUGUGUGUGUGUGUGUGUGAGUCCAUGGGUGUGUGUGUGGGUGGGAGGGUCGGGUUUUAUAGUUGUUAAUUGUUGUUUUUAGCCUCUGUGAGAAACUUUGAACCAUAUUUUUGUCUGAAAAGUGCCAUAAAAAUACAGUUAAUGAAUUUGAAACUUCACUUUAGGUGUGCACAUAUUAGGAUUGCAUCAUGCUCAAUGUUAUUGGCUUAAUGCCGACAUCCUCAAGUAAAAACUUAACGGGGUCAAUAUUGUAUUUGCUGACAGUUUACAAGUGCCAACGAUCGGAUUCAACGAGUUGGCAGUUUGGACGUAUUUUUAAAAGUCAUAAACAGUCUACAAAUGAGCUGAUUGUGAUGCAAAGAGGAGCAAAACGGCCCUCCUUACCAGUCUGGUUCAGUCACCGUCGUGCUCCUCUUGUCUCCUCUCAGUCUGUCAGAGUUUGCCUGUCACAUUUCUGGCUGCAGUGCAGUCUUCAGCACUUUAGAGGAGUAUGAGCACCACUACAACUCCCUGCACAGACAUGUGUGCUGCUCCUGCCGGCGCUCUCUGCCAAGUGCCCGGCUCUUGGAUAUUCACAUUCAAGAGUGGCAUGACUCUCUCUUUACGAUCCUCGCCCAGAGACAAGAUAUGGUAAGUCAGUGGCAGUUGUUUUGGGGGGUUGUGUUCAUUGCUAUCACAUCAUUAACUCCAUUUAAGCUUAAUUUUGAGCACAAUGUCAUUUUUUAUAUCCGCCAAUGACUUAAAGGCUUCUUUCUGUUUAACCUAAAAUCAGAAAUAGACAGUUAGUCCUGCUUUGUGCAACAGAUUAUUUCCCAUGUCCAGAUCUUGGCCAAAUUAAACACAAAUAUCCUGUAAUGCCGUUUAUCUGAGCUGCUGCCUGAUGCUUCCUUCACACUUUCAGUACCAAUGUCUGGUGGAGGGCUGUGGACAGAAGUUCAGGACGAGUCAACACAGAAAGGAGCAUCUAAUAAGAACUCACAAGUAUCCUCCAGACUUCAGAUUUGACAAACCCAAAAAGGACAAAGGGUAAGACUGAACUUUUCAUUUAUAGCCACUAGAUGGCAGCACAGUGUCAGUACAGAUAGUCUUAAAAGGUUAAACGAGUAAAAACAUACUCACCAUUGAAUUUAAUCUUUCUAAAAAUUGCUGAAGCUUAAACAUUUACAAUUUUUUUUCAUAUUUUGUCAAUAUCGCAUAAUGCAGACAGUAAUCAGUGCCAACUUUUCCUCAAAGUUACUUCAGAAUCUUGACUUUUUCCAGCUGUCCUGAUCCCACAACAAUAAACAAUUUUUUUAUAUUUGCUGAAAUAAAAUCACUUUUGUAAUUUUGUAUUAUUUUUUAUUGAUGUACACAGAGAGAAGAAGAGACAGCAGCAGACAGACACAGCCAUGGAGGUAGCAGACAGUGUGUGCGAGUCUGAGGGUGUGUGUGAAGUUAUGUGUGAUGUGCCGCCUGACCAGCCUGAGUCCAUGGAGACGCGUGUGUUCGAGGGAGAAGCUGCUCACACGGCAGAGUCUGAGGGGCACACAGAUCUAUCUGCAACAGGCCACAGCACUGAGAAUACAAACUCUGAGGCGGUCAAACCACGAUACUCAUACAGGUUAGUGUUCAAAGACAAGCUUGAUGUUGUCUAAUGGUGUGUUUACUUUUUGCUCCCUCAAAAAAAACCGAACAUGUCAUCCAAGUGGAGAAAGUUUUAGGGCUAACUUCUAGAUUUUAGAGCCAUAAGGUUAGAUUUUCCUCUCUUCAAAGAUUAAAAUUAAAGAAAAUAUAGAUGCAUCACUUAUUCUCUGUGUUAUAUAUUUUUUUUUCGCUGACAAUGAGAAAAAUUAUUGCUGUAUUUUUAACAUCUAAUGAAAAAUUACAUCCAUGUUCGUGUCCCACAGGGUCCCUGCAAAUGUGUGCUUUGGUCACGGCUCUGUACGAGGUUUCAGAGGACGGCGAGGAGGACGGGGGAAAUGA